GAGAGCACAGUUUUGUUCGACCAACACUGCAAAGAUGCAACACGACCAGCACCCAUCUUCAGAUGUUUAAGGGUUUUCUACUUUUCUUUUGUGCAGUUUUUAUGUGCUUUUUUGUCAUUAGAGACAAUUAUGUGAACCUUUAGUCAAAUAUGAGGUUUUGAUAACCUCUUAAGAAGAUUUGUUUUAGUCAGCUUCAGUAAGAAUGUUUUUCUAUUGCAAGAAAAAAUACCCCCAACAAGACACCUUUGUCACCAGGCAAAUCACCACCUCAACAAAAUACCAAAGUUGUACUGAGGAGAUUUGAGCUGUUACUCUUGAAACUAUGUUGAGGCCAUAAUGUUUAAUCAAUAGCUGGGGAUGUUCUUUUAUCACUGCACAACUAAUAGACAGAAACAAAACACUUUACACUUUAGGUAAGCAAUCUUAAAGUCAAUCUUCCUCUUCUCUAAAUACUUCCCACUGAUUUGACCCCUUUCCUUUUUGUAUACUGUAAACAAACCAUAAAACUAGUUUGAAUUAUCAAUCUAAGUAGUAAAGUAUUUUUGAUGAAUUAUGGAAGGUAUAGUUACAAAAUACUCAUGUCUGAGAUAUAAUUGAAUUGAUUAUAAAGUAUUCGCUAAAGAAUUUUAUUACUCCCAAUUUCCAACUAUUGAAAUCCCUGUUUGGGCCAGACCUCACGAGGGAAAUAUAAGACAUUAUGACCCCUGAUCAAACCAAAAGAACUGUAAGCUCCUGUUGGUAUAUAAUGUUUAGUAGAACAUCUCUUUACAUUGGAUUAUAUGAAAAUUAUAGGAAAGCACCAUUGUCGGUUAAAUUUUUUUUUAUUCAAGCAGAAAGAGGGUACGGAACUACCAAAACUGAAAAAGUGCAAAAUUACACAAUUUUUUUGCGACUUUCAUUGCCACUCUGUUAGGACAUGAAAAUAUUAAAUCUGGAACCCCGUCGGAGAAUGCGUGCUGAACACCGACGUUCUCUACGUGCCUUGUCCCACAACAAGCCAGUAGCGUUGCUAAGCAACACACAGCUUAUCAGAGUGAAGGUAGCACAAGUGGAGCGUCAAGAAAUGCCCAAAGGCCUCAGCACCAUGGCAACCCCGGGCAGGUAUGAGACCCCGACAGCUUCUGAACUUCACAGACUGAUGUGGACAAAGAAUGGGGGCAACAGCCAUAUGGACGAAGUUUACCCCAGGAUCUAUAUUGGAGACAUGUACGCAGCUAAGGACAAGAGGGCACUCCAGGCUCACCACAUCACCCAUGUGCUCAACGCGGCUGAUGGAAAAUUUAACGUGAACACGGGACCCAGCUUUUACAGAGACACCACUAUCACUUAUCAUGGAGUGGAAGCUUUUGACAUGUCGUCCUUUGAUAUGAGUCCCUUCUUUAACCCAGCAGCUAAUUUUAUUAAGAAUGCUCUAAGUCUGCCAGCAGGUAAAGUUUUGGUCCACUGCGCAAUGGGGCUCAGCCGCUCCUCCACCUUGGUUCUGGCCUACCUGAUGAUCCACGAGAACCUGACUCUGGUGGACGCCAUCAAUGCAGUCAGUGCCAACAGGAAUAUUUCACCCAACGAUGGAUUCCUGGAGCAGCUCCGAAGUCUGGACAAAAAGCUGCACUGCCAUUAAGCAGCUGGAGCAUCAAUAAGUGGUGUUAAUUGAGCUUAAUUAUAUUGCUGCCUCCUGCUAAUAUCUAUGCUUGAAGCUGUUAUUACAACAAAGAUAUUAUGUAUUAUGUAAA